AUGGGGAACACCCAUGCUGAGAAUGUUCCCUCAUUAGAUCUAGCUUUCACCUGUAACAUUAUCAUGGCAGCUCGAAAAGCAACACAAAAAGUGCUUGUUUUUGGUACGGUAGUUGGUGGUGCUCUUGCCGCUUAUAUCUACAUGAGAAGAAAGCCAAAAUUUAUUUUUGAAACAGUUGGUCCAUCAGAUCCUAAGAAAAAAGUAGAAACACUCAUGGCUGUUGGUGGUCUUGAUCCAAAUAGUUUUCGUUCAAUAACAUUGACAAAUAUUCGUAAUGUUAAUCAUAAUACAAAAUUUUUUACAUUUUCAUUUGAUGAUCCAAAAUCUUUAUUAAAUAUGAAAAUUGCAUCAUGUACAAUGUUAAAAACAAAUAUUGAUGGUAAAGAUGUUGUUCGACCCUAUACACCCACAACUCGUCCAAAUACACAAGGUUAUCUCGAAUUUUUGAUUAAAUAUUAUCCACAAGGUAUAAUGUCAAAAUAUAUACACAAUAUGAAAAAAGGAGAUAAAAUUGAAAUUAAAGGACCAAUUCCAAAAUACGAUUAUCAUGCAAAUAAGUUUCAAAAUUUGGCUUUAAUUGCUGGUGGUACAGGAUUAACGCCUAUGAUACAAAUGAUUGAAGAAGUUUUAUUUAAUUCAUCAGAUAAAACUAAAAUAACAUUUCUCUAUGCCAAUUCAUCAUUUGAUGAUAUUCUAUUGAAAGAUGAUCUUGAUAAAUUGGCACAAAAAUAUCCCGAUCAAUUUAAAUGUUAUUAUACAACUGAUAAAUUUGCUAAUAAAGAUCAAAAAAAAUCAUGGAAAGGUGAAACAGGUCAUAUAACAGCAAAUAUGUUGAAAAAAUUACUCCCGAUGCCAAGUAAACCCGAUGAUGAAAGUCUUCUGGUUAUGGUUUGUGGUCCACCAGGAUUUAUGAAAUUAAUUUCUGGUGAAAAAACACCGGAUUAUAAACAAGGUGAACUGUCUGGUCUAUUGAAACAAUUGGGUUUUACAGAAAAAAAUGUAUUCAAAUUUUAA